AUGAACUUAGGUCUAAGAUAUUGUACUGAUAGCCAGCAGGAUGCACAGCUGCGUGCGCUGUCGCUCUGGGCAGAGCAGCGCUUUGAGUCGUCUGCGCGCUCAGGCGGAAAAGAACGCCGCCGGAAGGUAGUGGAAAAGGAGUGCGCUGUGUGGCGUGAUAAGGUGUUCGUGCUUGCCCUGCUGGGCCGCCUCCGACUGCUGAAUUCCUUAAUAGAUGGCGCAUUCGUGAAGGCAUUGGUUUUUUCCUAUUUUGAGAACCAUUACUCCGGUCCGGCGGAGCCUUUGCCAAUUUUCAUGUACAUCCAGGAGUAUUUCGCUGUAUGUCUAAUGUCUCUACGAACUUACGUGAUGCAGAUUCUGCCUGAAUUGCGUGCUCCCACUACUCAAAAUGGCCACGGGAAGGUGCUACUUAGACUAUUAAGGUGCCUCCACCUCCACAAGGGUAACAGCGACACGCUCACCCUGUUGUACGUCUGCGCAUGCAGAUGUUACGGUGUUUCUGCACGUUUAGUGGAGGCUGUACACGGUCCGGCGAAUGCCGUCAUCCUGCUUGCGGAGUCGUUCGACCCUGACAGCGGGUCGUGGAAACGAGUCGAUUUUUCGCGUCUAACAUACGGCGGAGUGGCGUACGAGCCUACGAAAAGUGCGAAGCCCUACAACCGCGAGAAGGUGGUGACAUAUAGCCCCGACUCUGAUAGCUGUGAGUAUGGAGGUCACCUCUACGUCCAGCGUGACAACAAGCUGUUCGUUUACAAACGAGGGCCAAAUCUCAGCAUUGUGGCUAUUAUUGUCUCACGCAGCAAGCAGCCCUCGCAAGUGGUCCUGAACGUGUCAGAAUUCCGCUUCGAGGAGGAGGAGUUUAGGCAGCGGCUGGUCCGCGACAAGCAGAAGCCCGGUGCGAAAGAGGCGCGGCAGGAGUACCAUUACGUGUUUGGCUGCAACAAAUAUGGAUGGACAUCGGAAAUAACGCCUAAAUACGUUGAGAGGUACGCGACUUUAACAUUAGGGGUAAAACUGCGCAGGUACAAUGACGUUUGUGUAAAGCGUGGCAAGGAUAUCCAGGCGUGGCUCAUGCAGACUAUCGAACAUCUGAACGAACCGGUGAAACACGUCACAGGAGCCAGCAUAGUCUCCAUGUUGGAGCGUGCAGAGGCGAAAUGGAUGGACACGCGGGUUAGCAACGACCCCCUGCCGGAUUCCAAAGCCCGGCUGAAGAACCACCCAGUCUAUGUGCUGGCAUCUCAGAUUGGCAGCAACCACAUCCUGAAAAAGGACGCGGCGCCAAUAGCGUUCCUAAAGGGAGAAGAGGUCUACCUACGUUGCGACUUGGAGGCGCUGAAGACGCGUGGUGCCUGGCGUAAGGCCAAUAGGCGCGUGAUAGAUGAUGUACAGCCGAUUACUACCCGCAAGAUGUAUAACAGGAACACGCGUAUGCACGUGAACACCAGCCUGUUCAGUGAGAGUCAGACCGAGCUGAUACCACAGGAGGUGCCAACGGACGGUGCCAUUCCAACGACGGAGUAUGACAACGUGGACGUUACUGGUCAACGAUUCGUCCCUCAAGGUACCAUAUACCUCCGAACCAAACGCGUGGACCUCUUGCUGAAGGCUGCGAAAGCCCUGCAGCUCCAUCACAAGCGGGCGUUCUCGUCUUACCAGAAGACUGACACCUUCAAGCCUGAAAUCGACGGAAUCGUCGUACAAAAGUCUCAUCUUCCUGCGCUGCUGCAAAAAUACGAGGAGCUUGCCAUGGAGGCUGCAACCAAGGCGUUGGAGGAGAAAAAGGAGUCAUAUCGCAAUUUCUGGCGCAGCGUAUUCAAGGCUAUGCUCGCCGAUCCGCCAUCGGUGGCGCAAGAGCACCACAGCAAGAUUAGAAGGGAACUCAACGAGCACGUUACCCAUUUCCUGAACCGGAUGGAACACCUCACCUGA